CCGAACUCGUAACAGAGAAGUUGGUAAGAGAACCUUUGAUUUCUCUGAAGUGAUUCAAUGGUUACCAGAAGUAGUAGCUAGUUCCAGUUGUGCUUUCAAUGGGAGUUCCACGGCGAAAAAUCCCUGUUUUAUCUCAAGCGAUUCUUGGUUCCUUUGGGAAAUGAAAUCCGACAUUUUUGGAUUCAAAUUUGGGUUUGGGUGAUAAAUUGGAGUUGUGAGUUUAAAAGUGUAGCUAUUGGUGUGGCUGUGAUUGGAAUGAGAAGGCUCCUUUGCAUGCCCCAUUUAUUCUUGUGGUGCUUCCAAGCGGGAUUUCAUUACGGAGAAAAUGUUACAGAAUGCGUGUUGAUGAUGAAAUCAAAUUUAUCCCAAAAUGCUUGAUAUUCGUUUCACAGCGGACACUUCCACGAACAGGGAUGGAUGAUUGAACUUUGAAGAUAUUGGAAUCUCCUAUUUGAAUCCAGAAGUCAAGAUAUCACGCCUUAGGAAAACAACAAGUAAUAGCAUGUUUGAAGGAAUGGUGAGCGUUGAAACUCUGAAUCGGGGUUUCAGAAGGGAAAAAGAAUCCUGCUCGGUUAUGUGAAGUUAAAAUCUAGUUUGAGUAGAAGUGGAAAAAAAAUGCAGCUUUUGGGAUCAGUUGAGAAUUUGACUUCAGACUUACUUUUUAGACAAAAGUGCAUAACUGAAGGUUGAAGUUGUUGCGGUCUUAGCCAACUAAGGGUGGCACUUUCACUUGGACUCUUUAAAGAAUAGCUCAAUUGCGAUGGACCUCAUUCGAAUUAGGAGGAGGAAAACAAAUUCUUUCAAGUGAAACUGAAUAGCUGCAGCAAAACAGGAAGAACUCCAUUGGAAGAAGUUGUAAUCACAGUUGAAAACAAGUCAACAGGAAGUGUCCAGGAAGCAUGGACCCAAGCAUUAUAGUGUCUACAGCCACUGAAAGUGUAUUUAAAUUUGGGGAAAAUCUGGUUACCCGUCAUUUGGGUUACUUUUGUAAUUACAAUGGCAAAUUUGAAGAGGUGAAACAUCGUAUUGAGAUGCUUGAUGAUACUAGAAAGAGGGUGCAAAAUGAUGUUAUGGUUGCAGAAAUGAAUGCAGAAGAAAUCGAAGAAGAUGUUAAACAUUGGUUGAAACAUGUGGAUGAGAAGAUCAAAGAAUAUGAAAAUUUCCUGUGCGAUAAACGCCAUGAGAAGACAAGGGGCUCCAUUGGUUUCUUUCCUAAUAACUUGCAGUUGAGGUAUAGGCUAGGAAGAAAAGCUACGAAGAUUGUAGAGGAAAUCAUAGCAGACGAACUUUUGAAUAAAAAGUUUAAUAAAGUCUCGUAUCAUAUGGGCCCAUCCAUGGAUGCUGCUUUGUCAAACACUGGUUAUGAAAGUUUCACGUCAAGAAAGAAAAUUAUGGGAAUGAUUAUGCAAGCACUUGAGGACUCUACAAUUAGUAUGAUUGGAGUUUACGGUGUUGGAGGUGUGGGAAAGACCACUUUAGUCAAAGAAGUUGCUAAGCAAGCUAAAGAAAGGAAAUUGUUCAAUAAGGUGGUUAUGGCAAAUAUAACAAGAAAUCCUGACAUAAAGAAAGUUCAAGGACAAAUUGCUGAGAUGUUAGGAAUGAGAUUGGAAGAGGAAAGUGAGAUUGUAAGAGCAGAUCGUAUUCGAAAAAGAUUAAAGAAAGAAAAGGAGAAUACCCUUAUAAUCCUAGAUGAUCUCUGGAAUGGAUUGGACUUGAACAGACUGGGGAUUCAACGUAAUGAAGAUGAUGGUGUCAGCCAAAAGGUUGCCAAGGAUGUUGCUGACUUUGGUUAUAAAAAGGUGGAGACAGAAAAGUUACCUGCUGAUUCCAAUAAGAUGAAGAAAGAAAAAUUAUCUAGUGACUACAAUAAGAUUAAAAAAGAAAAGUUAUCUGUUGAUCACAAAGGAUUCAAAAUUUUCUUAACAUCUAGAAAUAAAGAAGUAUUAUGUAAUCAAAUGGAUGUCCAAGAAAGAUCAACUUUCCCAUUAGGAGUCCUUGACCAAAAGGAGGGAGAGGCUUUACUUAAGAAAAUGGCUGAAAUAAGUGUUACCAAUUCUGCAUUUGAUGACAAAGUUAUUGAAAUAUCCAAAAUGUGCGCUGGCUUGCCCAUAGCAUUGAUUUCCAUUGGAAAAACAUUAAAGAAUAAGAACCAUUAUGUGUGGGAGGAUGUUUGUCGACAAAUUGAAAGACAAAAUUUUACUGGAGGUCAGGAACCUAUUGAAUUCUCUGCAAGGUUAAGUUAUGAUCAUCUAAAAACUGAGGAGCUUAAGCUUAUUUUCUUACAAUGUUCUAGAAUGGGAAGUGAUUUUUCGAUUAUGGACUUAGUCAAGUUCUGUAUUGGUUUGGAUAUGCUUCAAGGGGUUUUCACAAUAAGAGAAACGAAGUAUAGAGUAAAUGUAUUGAUGGAAGAGCUAACCGAGUCAAGUUUGCUGAUGAAAAGUUAUUCUAAUGACUGUUUCAACAUGCAUGACAUUGUGCGCGACGUUGCUCUUUCAAUUUCAUCUAAAGAGAAAAAUGUAUUUUUCAUGAAAAAUGGCAAACUAAAUGAGUGGCCUCACAAGGAUAAAUUGGAAAGGUACACAGCUAUUGAUUUACAUUAUUGUGAAAUUGUUGGGCUUCCUGAGAGUAAAUAUUGUUCUAGACUUGAAGUCUUCCACAUUGACAGUAAAGAUGAUCUUUUGAAAAUACCAGAUGACCUUUUUAAAUAUAUGAUUGAACUCAAAGUACUGAUAUUGACUGGUGUUAAUUUGUCAUGGUUACCUUCUUCAAUUACAUGCCUAACAAACCUAAAGAUGCUUUGUUUGGAGAGAUGCACUCUAAGAAAUAACUUAUCAAUCAUGGGAGAGUUAAAGAAAUUAAGAAUUCUUUCUCUUUCAGGAUCUAAUAUUGAAAAUUUGCCUGUUGAAUUGAGGCAAUUGGAUAAGUUGCAACUUUUGGACUUAAGCAAUUGCUCGCAAUUAAGAGCAAUACCUUCCAAUAUGAUAUUAGGGAUGAACAGUUUGGAAGAGUUUUAUAUGAGAGAUGACUUGAUUUUGAGGGAAACUAAUGAGGAAAUUCAAAGUAAGAAUUCUAGUCUUUCUGAAUUGAGGCACUUGAAGCAAUUAAGAAGUUUAGACAUACACAUUCCAAGUGUUGCCCAUUUUCCACAAAACUUAUUCUUUGACAAGUUGGAUAGCUACAAGAUUAUCAUUGGAGAAAUUAACAUGCUUUCAGUGGGAGAAUUCAAAAUCCCUGACAAGUAUGAAGUAGUGAAAUUUUUGGCAUUGAACCUAAAAGAUGGUAUUAACAUUCAUUCUGAAAAAUGGAUUAAAAUGUUGUUCAAAAGAGUUGAAUAUUUGCUUCUAGGAGAACUCAAUGAUGUUCAUGAUGUUUUCUAUGAAUUAAAUGUUGAAGGGUUUCCAAAUUUGAAACAUUUGUUUAUUGUAAACAAUGUUGGCCUUUUGUACAUUAUCAACUCCGUGAAGCGAUUUCACCCUUUACUUGCUUUCCCCAAAUUGGAGUCCAUGUGUCUUUACAAAUUGGAGAAUUUGGAGAAAAUAUGUGACAAUCAACUCACAGAGGCCUCCUUCUGCAGAUUAAAGAUCAUCAAGAUUAAAACAUGUGGUCAAUUGGAAAGUAUAUUCUCAUUUUUCAUGCUCAGUCGUCUCACCAUGCUUGAAACAAUUGAAGUGUGUGAUUGUGAUUCAUUAAAGGAGAUUGUUUAUGUUGAAAGAGAAUCUGAUAUUGUUAGUGAUGUGCAAACUGACAAGAUUGAGUUUCCUCAAUUACGAUUUUUAACAUUGCAAUCUUUACCAGCAUUUUUUUGUUUGUAUACCAAUGAUAAAAUGCCUUCCAUCUCUGAAUCAUCAGAAGACCAAGUGAAAAACAGGGAGCUCAAAGAAAUUACCGCAGUAGCUGGUCAAGAUACAAAUGCUUGCUUUUCACUCUUCAAUGGAAAGGUUGCAAUGCCCAAAUUAGAGUUCUUGGAGUUGUCUUCAAUCAACAUCCCGCAGAUAUGGAAUGAGAAAUCUUUGCAUUGCUUUCAAAGUUUGAUUACACUGAAUGUAUCAGAUUGUGGCAAUUUAAAAUGUUUAUUGUCACUUUCCAUGUCUGAAAGUUUAGUGAAUCUGCAGAGUCUUUUUGUAAGUGGAUGUGAAUUGAUGGAGGACAUAUUUUGUGCAGAAGAUGCAAUGCAGAAUAUUGACAUUUUUCCUAAGUUGAAGAAAAUGGAGGUUAACUGCAUGGAAAAAUUAAGUACCCUAUGGCAGCCCUAUAUUAGUUUUCAUUCCUUCCACAGUUUGGAUUCUUUGAUAAUAAGAGAAUGCAACAAACUUGAGACAAUAUUUCCUAGUCACACGGGGGAAGAAUUUCAGAGCCUUCAAAGUGUGGUGAUUACUAAUUGUAUGUCAGUGGAAACCAUAUUUGAUUUUGGAAAUAUUUCACAAACUUAUGGUACAAAUGGGACAAACCUGCAUAGUGUCUUUUUAAAAGGGCUGCCAAAGUUGGUGCAUAUAUGGAAGGUGGACACUGAUGAAAUUCUUAAUUUUAGUAAUCUCCAAAGCAUUGUUGUUUAUGAGAGUAAAAUGUUAAAAUAUCUCUUUCCUCUCUCAGUUGCCAAAGGCCUAGAAAAACUGGAAACACUUGAUGUAUGUAAUUGCUGGGAAAUGGAGGAAGUUGUUGCUUGUAACUAUCAAUCAAAUGUAAACCUUAUCACCUUUAGGUUCCCUCAACUAAACACUCUAUCGUUACAACAUUUAUUUGAACUCAGGAGUUUCUAUCAAGGACCACAUGAUAUAGAAUGGCCAUUUUUGAAAAAAUUAUUUAUACUCUUUUGUAGCAAGUUGGAGGAAACCACAAAUUUGCAAGUGAAGUCGAUCUUUUUAGCUACAGAAAAGGUCAUACACAACUUGGAAUAUAUGUCUAUUAGCUUGAAGGAAGCACAGUGGUUACGAGACUAUGUUUUUAGUGUUCAUAGAAUGCACAAACUACAAUCACUUGUUUUGUCUGGAUUGGAGAAUACUGAGAUUCUCUUUUGGUUGCUUCAUAGACUUCCAAAUUUGGAAAGCAUUACAUUGAAAAAUUGUCUCUUCGAAGGGGUUUGGGCUUCUACAAGCCUUGUUGUACAUGAAAAAGUUGGGGUUGUGGUACAACUUAAGGAGUUGAUAAUUGACAAUUUGAGGUAUUUACAGAAUAUAGGCUUUGAACAUGACCUGCUUCUUCAAAGGAUAGAGCGCUUAGUCAUUUCUGAAUGCCUAAAUUUGAAAAGUUUAUUGCCUUCCUCGGUGUCUUUCAGUUACUUGACAUACUUGGAAGUAACUAAUUGUUCAGGACUGAGGAAUUUAAUAACAUCCUCAACUGCCAUGACCUUGGUUCAACUAACAAUCAUGAAGGUAAGCCUCUGUCAAGGGAUUGAGAAAAUUGUUGCGGAAGAGGAAAAAACACAAGUGAUUGAGUUUAGACAUCUGAAAGCUAUAGAAUUGGUGUCUCUACCAAGCCUCACUUGUUUCUGCAGUUCUGAGAAGUGUGACUUAAAGUUCCCCUCGCUUGAAAAUUUAGUAGUAAGUGAUUGUCUUCUAAUGGAAACAUUCUCUGAAGUCCAAAGUGCACCGAAUCUAAGAAAAAUACAUGUUCUAGUGGGUGAAAAAGACAGAUGGUAUUGGGAAGGUGAUUUAAAUAGUACUCUUCAAAAACUUUCCACUGAUAAGGUUUCUUUCAAACAUUCAAAGCAUUUAACAAUUACAGAGGAUUCUGAUUUGGAGGAAAUUUGGCGCAGCAAGGCUGCUUUUCAAGAUAACUACUUUCACAGUUUAAAAACAUUGUUGGUGAUGGACAUUACAAAAGAUCAUGUGAUUCCAUCUCAUCUACUUCCUUGCUUAAAGAACUUAGAAGAAUUGGAGGUAGGAAGCUGCGGGGCAGUGGAGGUAAUAUUUGAUGUAAAUGACAUUGACACGAAGAGAAAAGGAACAGUGGCUCGAUUGAAAAAGCUCACUUUAACUACAUUGCCAAAUUUGAGCCGUGUAUGGAAAAAAAAUCCUCAAGGAAUUGUUAGCUUUCCCAAUUUGCAAGAAGUGUCUGUUUUUGAUUGUGGACAGUUGGCAUCACUGUUUCCUUCAUCCCUUGCCAUAAAUCUCCUUAAGCUUCAGACACUUGAAAUACAGUGGUGUGAUAAUCUUGUAGAAAUUGUUGAAAAAGAAGAUGCACUGGAACUUGGAACAGCUGAAAUGUUUAAGUUCCCUUGUUUGUUUUCGUUGCUUCUUUAUAAUCUACCACUGCUUACUUGCUUUUAUCCUGGAAAACACCGGUUGGAGUGCCACAUGUUAGAUGUCUUAGACGUGUCUUGUUGUCCUAUGUUGAAGCUAUUCACAUCAAAAUUUCAUGAUAGUUACAAAGAAGCAGUUACAGAGAGUCAAGUUAGUGUUCCAAUUACAACUACCUGGAGUCAGCAACCUCUGUUUUCGGUUGAAGAGGUUGUUCCCAAACUGAAAGAAUUGACAGUCAAUGAGGAAAGCAUUAUCUUGUUGAGCCAUGUAUAUUUGCCACAAGACCUCUUUUGCAAAUUAAAUCUUCUUCAGCUGUGCUUUGAGGAUGAGAACAAUAAGAAAUAUACUUUUCCUUUUCAUUUCCUUCACAAGGUGCCCAGUUUAGAACAUCUUCAAGUGUAUGAGUGCUUUGGUCUAAUGGAGAUAUUUCCAUCUCAAACACUCCAAUAUCAUGAAAAAAUACUUGUCAGAUUGAGAAAAUUAACCCUAAAUAACCUUCCAGAGCUGGACACAAUAGGGUUAGAGCACUCAUGGAUAAAGCCAUACACUAAAAAGCUUGAUUUUUUAAAGCUAGAGGAGUGCCCCCGGUUAGAAAAAUUAGUGUCCGAUGUGGUAUCUUUCAGCAAUCUGAAACAGUUGGCUGUUGAGUCGUGUGAAGAGAUGAAGAAUUUAUUCACUUUUUCAACUGCCAAAAGUUUGGUGCAACUUGAGAUCCUAACAGUACUAAAGUGUGAAUCAAUGAAAGAAAUAGUAAAAAAUGAAGAUGAAGAUGCCUAUGAGGAGAUCAUACUUGGACGGCUCAAAAAAUUAAAGUUGAAUUUCUUAUCAAAGCUAGUAAGCUUUUAUUCAGGGAAUGCCAUGUUGCAAUUGCCAUGUUUGAGUACAGUGACGAUAGUUAAAUGUCCCAAAAUGAAUACAUUCUCUAAAGGAGGUUUAAAUGCCCCAAUGUUUUCGGGGAUUAAAACUUCUUUGAAGGAUUCUGAUUUCCACUUCCACAAUGAUCUCAACUCGACAGUCCGGUGGCUUCACCAACACGUUUCGGAUGAACAUUCAAAGCAUUUAACUCUUGCGGAUGAUUCUAAGCUGGAGAAAAUUUUGCACAGCAAAGCUGCGUUUCAUGAUAAUAAUUUUAGCAGUUUAAAAUCAUUGGUGGUGAACAACGUGACAAAGGAUCAUCUGAUUCCAUCUCAAGUACUUCUUUGCUUAAAGAGCUUGGAAGAAUUGGAGGUAAAAAGCUGCAAGGAAAUGGGGAAAAUAUUUGAUGUAAAUGAUCUUGACACGGAGAAAAAGGGAAUAGUGUCUCGAUUGAAAAGGCUUACUUUAGAUACCCUGCCAAAUUUGAAGUGUGUAUGGAACAAAAAUCCUCUAGGAAUUGUCAGCUUUCCCAAUUUGGAAGAAGUGUUUGUCUCUGAUUGCGGGGAGUUGGAAGCACUGUUCCCUUCAUCCCUUGCCAGAAAUCUUGUAAAGCUUGAUGAACUUGAUAUAGAGAAUUGUGAGAAGUUGGUAGAUAUUGUUGGAAAGGAUGAUGAAAUAGAGCUUGAAACAACUAAAAUGUUCAAAUUCCCUUGUUUGUUGUUUUUGACUCUUUUUAGGCUGCCACGACUUAGUUGCUUUUAUCCUGGAAAACACCAUCUGGUAUGCCCCUUGUUAGAAACCUUAGACGUUUCCUCUUGUCCUAAGUUAAAGUUAUUCAGUUCGGAAUUUCAUGAUAGUCAGAAAGAAUCAGUUAUAGAAAUUCAAGUUAGUUCUACAAUUACAAUUAGCCGUCUUCAACAGCCUCUUUUCUUGAUUGAAAAGGUUGUUCCCAAACUGAAGGAAUUGACCCUCAAUGAGGAAAGCAUUAUCUUGUUGAGCCAUGCGAAUUUGCCGCAAGACCUCUUUCGAAAAUUAAAUCUUCUUCUGCUAUGCCAAGAGGGGGACGGGGACGGGGACGGGGACGGGGACGAGGACGAGGAGAAGGAGGAGGACGAGGACGAGGACGAGGAGGAGAAGGAGGAGGAGGAGGAGGACGAGGAUGAAGACAAGAGGAAAGAUACUCUGCCUUUUAAUUUCCUUCGCAAGGUACCCAGUUUAGAACAUCUUAAGCUGUCGGAUUACUUUGGUCUGACGAAGAUAUUUCCCUCCAAAAAGCUCAAAGUUCAAGAUAAAAUACUUUCCAGAUUGAAACAUUUAACCCUAGAUAACCUUAAAGAGUUGAAGUCUAUAGGGUUAGAGCACCCAUGGGUAAAACCAUACUCUGAAAGACUUGAAUCAUUAGAGCUCAUUGAGUGUCCGCAAGUAGUAAAAUUAGUGUCUGGUGCAGUAUCUUUCAUGAAUAUGAAAUUGUUGCAUGUGACAGACUGUAAAAGGAUGGAGUAUCUAUUCACAUUUUCCGUUGCCAAAAGCUUGGUGCAACUAGUGGACCUAUCUAUAGAAAAUUGUAGAUCAAUAAAAGAAAUAGUCAAAAAUCAAAAUGAAGAUGCUUCUCAUGAGAUCAUAUUUGGAUGGCUCAAAAAAUUAAAUCUGGAUUCCUUACCAUUGCUUGGAAGCUUUUAUUCAGGGAAAGCCAAGUUGCAAUUUUCACGUUUAAAAAAAGUAACUUUAUCUAAAUGCCCCAAUAUGAAGACUUUCUCCCAAGGAGACAUAAAUGCACCAUUUUUUUCUGGGGUUGGAAGUUCGAUUGGAGAUUUUGAUUUAACCUUCCACGAUGAUCUCAACACUACAAUCAAGAACUUGUGUCACAAACAGGUUGAGGGUGAUUCCGUCACGGAAUCAACUGAUAGAGGAAGCAGUGAUGGUGAUAAUUACACAUCCGAAUAAAGUGAAAUAAACAAAGGUGACUAUUACUGGAUGUCAGCCAUAAUCUCUGCAAAGAUUAGGAAUUCAUGGACACCGGUAAUUUAUUUAAGACUGAAGAACCUAUUGAAAAGAUUCAGCCGAGAUAAUUUUCAGAAGAGAGAAAAUUAUUGGGGGUUAGGGUAGUUUACUUCAGUUUUAUUUGUUGGUCAAAUUUAUAUUUCUUUAGAAUGAAUUUAGAAACUUUGCAACUCUACAUUAGUUUAGCAUACAGUUGUACAUUUAUGCAUUAAUUAUUCAAUUACAUAA